AUGUGGCUCGUCGCUCUUUUGCCGGUGCUCUUGCGCGCCGUCGCCGCGCAGUCGCACCAGUGGGUCGAACACUUUUAUGGCUUUGUGCGGGGCGACAGCUAUCAGUACUUUACCUUUCACGUGCCGCUGGGUGUCGUUCAGGUCGACGCCACCGUCUCGCUGAGUCUCCUUGGCGGCCGGACGCCGCCGGUUCUCUUGCUCAAGAAGAAUGGGAUUCCGUCCGAAGCCGACUAUGACGUGCGCUGGAACACGAGCGCAAACAACACGUACAUCAGCAGCAGUAUUCCCGACCUCCAAACCGGCAUAUACUAUGCGACAAUGUGGGGCGGCAACAUCAUGGAGUCCAUCAACACGUUUGGCGUCGGGCCGUCGGUCAACAUGUGGUACUUUCUCGACUUUACGUUUCUCGCGUGCGACGACGCCGACGUCACGGGCGCCGACUGCAGUGUCAACGUCGUCCCUACCUCCAAGCAGCCCCAAGGGACGUCGCCCAGCUUGAAGCAGGGCUCGGUGCCCGUCGACUGCCUCGAUGUCGGUGACCCGACCCGCGUGUUUACCUUCGAGUUGCCAUCGGCCGCUGCGGGGCUCUCUGCCUUUCUCGUCAUCGACAAGACGAGGGGUAGCGUCGCGUGGGCAUUGUAUCACGGUCGCGCCAACCCACUCGCUGCCUCGGCCGUCGCUGUUGCCGCCAAUAGCUCGACCAAUGCAACGCAGUUGCGCGUCGACCGGCCUCUCCGCGGAACCUGGCACAUUGUGGUGUCGGUCACUGACGCCAACGGGUUUUGCUACAACGGCGAUGGCGUCCCCUUCUCGCUUGCGUGGAUGACAACGCCUUGUGCGACGAAUGACGCGCUCUGCGUGGCCGACUACGAGCUUAUGGGCGCCAACCGCGACAGUGCGAACGGCGUCGGCGACUUUGUCUUGGCAGCGUCCUUUGCAAACCCGGCGCCGUCGGUCGCCAAUGCCUCGGCACCCAUCGGCUUUGUCGUCGACGUCCCAGCCAUGUACGCCGGCGCCGCCAUGACGCUGCAACUCGCGUCCAAAAAUCUCACCAACGACGGCACCAUCUACAUUCGCGCCAACGGACUGCCGUCCCCGACGCUGUUCGACUAUCGCUUUUCCAUCGCGGCAGCGACUCCCAUGGACGACCCGACGCUGCGUCCGUACAACCCGCAGGCGCCGCCACCGCUCGCCUUUCCGCUGCUCAAGGCAAUGGACGACGAAGACGCAGUCUUUUGGCAGCUGCCACCGAUUGUGUUUCCCAAGGUUGACGCAAUUUGGUACAUUCUCCUCGUGCCACCGCCGUCGCCGCCAAACUCGUCCUACGCUGUCGCUCUCAAUAUGGCGAGUCUGGCAUGUCCGCCCGAGUACGCGUGCAGCAACCGUGGAACUUGCCUCGUCAAGACCUCGUACCAAGGUCUCUCGUACGGCCGGUGCGCGUGCCACUAUGGCUACGGCGGUCGCCAGUGCGAAGUGUCGAUUUACUCGACAUCCGAGCGGCUUGGUCGGUCGUGGCUCCUGCUUGGUUCCAACGCGGCCAUCGUCCCCGCAGGCGUGUUUUCCUGGCGCCGCAAGCUCUACGUCGAAGCUGUCCUCUUCUUUGGUUUGGGGAUCAUCUCAGCCUUGUACCAUGCGUGCGAUCUCGAGAUCUUUUGCCUCUUACCGUAUCCAUUUCUUCAGGCAAUGGAUUUCGCGUUUACGUUUAACGCCAUUUUGCUCGGGUUUAUCCACCUCUCGGGCGCGUUCAAGCACGUCAAAGCUGCGAUGCAGGUGUUUGUGCUCGUCUCGCUCGUCUUUAUGACCUCGUACGAUGCCACGUCGAUGCGCAACUGGCUCGUCAUUGGCGUUGUCUGCGCGUGUCAAUUUAUUGGCUCGUGGACCUACUACUUGACGCUGGCCGCCCAGCGCCUCGGUUGCAGUCUUCCGAGCGCGUUGAAGCGCUUCUUACUAAACAGCGACAAUUUCGAGUAUCGGUACUUGGUUUUGGGCUUUUUGCUUUUUGGCGGCGCGUUCGGCUGCUUCUUUGCUGAAGUUGGCACCUCGUAUUGGCUCAUCCACUCGCUCUGGCACUUGACCGCCAUGUCAUCCGCCUGCACGUUCAUGGCGUUGCGCAAGAACAUUCGGUACCGCUGCGUCGGAGCCGACGGCGUCGAUGUGCUCUCGCACGACUACACGGUGCUGCUUCGGCUGAAAGCGAGUCAAGUCAACCCGUCCGAAGUGACACUGGACAUCAACCCGUCGAGCACACGUCCUGCCACGCAGCCCGACCCCAUGUGACGCACCAACACGCCGUUGUAUACAAGAAUGUCACAUUGUCCAUAUUUGUCCACG